UGUUUUAGCCAUAGACAGUUAAAGCAAAGGAAGGAAUCUUGAAGUUUCCAUGGGAUGACCAUACUAGCUGUCAUACGCAGUGUAAUUAUUACGGGUUCAUGUUGACAAGGCCAUAGAUAAAGGAAGCAAAGCGUUAAUAAAGUGUCGGUAACCGGGUAGCUAAUAUAAUAUGGCUCUCCGAAGGUGUUUUGCAGGGGUUGUUCCGCGGCUGUUAUGGAACAGUACCGUCCUGUCUGGGUCCUCCGUCCCGGGGGCACGAAGCUCUGUGCUCCGCCUUGUCAACACUCACCACGGUUGCAAAACUACCGAGUUGCUGCUCCGCGGGUUCAGUUCAACGCCACCGAGCACGGAUGUGACUUACAAGCAGCUGAAGCAGCUCCUGGCGGGCGGGAAGGUUGUACUUAUAGACGUCAGAGAGCCCUGGGAACUCAGGGAGUACGGCGUCAUCCCCGGGUCAAUUAACGUUCCUCUGGGACAGGUGAACACUGCCCUCCAGCUGGGUCCGGAGGAGUUCAGUGAACAGUACGGUGGUGAAAUGCCCCAGCAGACGGAUAACAUUGUGUUCACCUGUCUGAAAGGGAUCAGGAGCAAGGACGCGCUCAACACUGCCGCCUCGCUGGGAUACAAAGACAUUAAGCAUUACCCGGGUGGAUGGCAAGACUGGGUGAAAAACGAAUGAAAUGAUCCAGGGACAACCAAACGGAAAGAAAAUACGCUUAUUUUUGUUCCAGACUACCCAAAUGACUCCUUCACUGUGUAUGAUUGGGAGUUAAAAUGAAGUCACAGAUGCAUCUGCAGUUGUUGCCACCAUCAUUGAAAACAUUAAAUUAUAGUUUUGAUUAACA